UAUAUUUGCAUCUUUUCAUAGUUUCUCUUUCGGAAGGAGAACAAAAUACUGUUCUUUCACGUGUCUACAGUUGUGGGUCCGUCAAGAUUUGCAAUGGAAACCUUUUUUUCUAACUUCUUUCUCAAAGCUCUUCCCUACCGCCUUGCUCUGCGUUAUAGAGAGAAAGCGGCUUGUUCCGUUGAACUCGGCUCUGCAAGCAGCUUGACUUCCUUCCUGCUUUAUGUACAUUAAACAAACAUACUGGUGCUGCUGACGAGCUGUGCCGGUCAAGGCGGCCACGGUAUUGAUGAGUAAGCUGGUAAACAAAAACUUAAUGUCUGUGAGGACUAGUGUUUAGAUUCCUUAUGUGGAAACGGGAAGAUCGGACCGUACUUUCAUACUUAAACUGAGCAGACUUGAGUUUCGCCUUCUUGCUGGAGGAUUAAGCAUGAGGUUUGGAUAGGAUCGCAGUUUGUGACUGUAAAGCCACUGUACUUUUACUACAAGUCUUGUAGAUUACAGUACCAGACCACUGAAAGGUUCCGGCCAACACAGAGUGAACGCAGACCUCAUAACCCUGUGCUCAUAGAACCAGCCACGGCUGAACACAGCGGUUAUUGCCAUGUCUCUCCACAUCAUACCACUCAAAAAAACAGUCCCCCAUUCUCCCAAGAACCAAGCCUUUGGUCCUGAGAAGAUGUCUGUGGUGGAGUAGAACCGGCAACAACGUUCUACCUUUCAUUGGUUCUAUUUUACAUUGCAAGUUUCUCAUCAGUUGUCCCUACCGUCACGUGCUCUCCUCCAUCCCUCCUCACCAUCGAAGCCAUGGUGAGGUCCAAACGCUGGACGGAGAACCAAAUCUAGGGCUUCAUGGAAGCCCAACGGGAGCGUGACAGCCUGGCAUCAUGGCUGCAUGUGCUUUGAACAGUUUGAUCGUGAUGAGCACCAAUAACCUGAAAAGCGACAGCAGUCCUCGACCCGCGAGGCCGGUGCUGCUGGUGCCGGACCGGACGACGUACUGCCAGGGGCUGAUGCCCAGGGCCCCAUAUAGUCCCGGGGGCCUGACUCCCAGCUCCUCCAGCUCAGCCUUCAACUUCACUUCUGCGCCAACUAGCCCUGGCAGCCACCGAUCCCGCUCUCCGGGCCGACCCUCGACCUCCCUGGAGACAAGCACAGGUGUCCGGGUCCGGCAUCUCAGCGGAAGCCCUGCCGACGAUGACCCGCGAUCUUUCAGUCCGGGCCCGUCGACCUCACGCCGUUCCGCGCACAUCCAGCAGAUCCACCGGGAGCUGCAGAACGUCCAAGUCAACCAGAAGGUGGGCCUGUUUGAGGCCCAGAUCUCUGACCAGCGUAGCCAGGUGCAAAAUUCGGAGAUCCAGCGUAGCCCGCGGACCCCUCGCCGGCCCAGCUCUGUUUCGGAACCCAGCAGUCCGGAACCCAGAGAGGUCCGACGGAGAUCUUCCUCACCAAUCCCGCAAGAGCUACACAAUGGGAGAGGCGGGUGUAGCAUACCUGCCAGGGUAGGAGGGCGUGUGGGGGAAGACUGUGCCACUGACCUAGUUGCGGAGCGGGGCUGUUUGUGCGCAAGCCCAUCGGCGGAAAUCCAAGUCCAAGGAGAUGGCCCAAUCGGUGCCGGGUCUCCUGGCAUCGGUGUCAUCGUCACAGGGACAAAACUCAGAGUGCCAGCCCAGAUCAGCCCACCUGCAGAACUCAAAUCGAAGGGCAACCAAAGGAGCGGUGCCUCUGCGCUGGAGGGCAGCUGCCCUGAAGCUCCGAGCAUUCCUGCAGUCAUCAUCACCGACCUUGGGGCUGAGGGAUCGGGAGAGGGCACUGAGGCACAGCUUAGCCCCUGCCCCACCAGGGUCCAGAGGAAGCUCUCGUCCUCAUCUGCCUCCUCCACCGGCUUCUCCUCUUCCUGGGAGGAGUCGGAGGAUGACAUCUCCAGUGACCCCGAGCGUGGGGAAGGGCGCUCGCCAGCCUUCCUGCAGACGCAGCAGAAAGCUCAUAAAUCUUGGAAGAAGAUAAAGAAUAUGGUGCACUGGUCACCCUUCGUGAUGUCCUUCAAGAAGAAGUACCCCUGGGUGCAGCUCGCUGGACAUGCAGGAAGCUUUAAGGCAGGAGCCAACGGGCGUAUCUUGAAAAAGCACUGCGAGAGCGAGCAGCGCUGCCUGGACCGGCUGAUGCGCGACGUCCUACAGCCGUAUGUCCCCGCCUACCACGGCGACGUGGAGAAGGACGGCGAGAAGUACAACCAGAUGGACGACCUGCUGGCGGAGUUCGACCUGCCCUGCGUCAUGGACUGCAAGAUGGGCGUCAGGACGUACCUGGAGGAGGAGCUGACGAAGGCCAGGAAGAAGCCCAGCUUGCGGAACGAUAUGUACAAGAAGAUGAUCGAGGUGGACCCGGACGCGCCGACGCCGGAGGAGAAUGCCCAGCAGGCCGUCACCAAGCCCCGCUACAUGAAAUGGAGGGAAACAAUCAGCUCAACAGCCACUCUAGGCUUCCGCAUCGAGGGCAUCAAGAAGGAAGACGGAACAGUAAACAGGGAUUUCAAGAAGACCAAGAGUCGGGAGCAAGUGAUCGAAGCGUUUCACGACUUCGUCAAAGGAAACAAGAACAUCCUGAAAUGUUACCUGAAGAGACUGAAGGAAAUAAGAGACACUCUGGAACAAUCCACCUUCUUCAAGACACACGAGGUCAUCGGCAGCUCUCUUCUCUUCGUCCAUGACAAACGGGACCAAGCCAAGGUGUGGAUGAUAGACUUUGGGAAGACCACACCUUUGCCGGAGGGCCAAGUGUUGGACCAUCGGGCCAUGUGGGUGGAGGGCAACCGAGAGGACGGUUACCUGUGGGGAAUGGACCACCUUAUAGACAUUCUGGCUGACAUGGUGGGGCAGGACUCUGGUUAGAGGGUGUGGAGUGGGGGCACCAGUGGCCAGAACACGCGCACUACAAAGGAAAGCAUGACAGCUCCGCCCAUGGAUUCCCCCUCCCCUCUUCAUGGAGCGGGCUGGCAGCUGAGUGGACCACAAAUGUGAUGCUUACGUAUCCAUGUUGUAUAUAUUCAUAUCCACAGUAGGCUCUGCGAUACUCCCCCCCACAGUUAUCUUAAUCUUAUUCUUUGAAUUUUGUAAGCUUUUUAAAACGAUGUACUAUUUCAAACAGUGCUGUUUUGUCUUAAGACUGUCUUAAGCACUUUCCACAACGUUCUCUCACUUACGUUCUCUUCCGGAGCGUCGGCCUCGUCCUCAGCAAUGUGACCCUGAACUUUAACUAACCAUUAAAAUCUCAUUUCGGUUUCCGGCGUUUCUGCCUGUCGUCCGGAUCGGUGUCCGGAUAGAUGUCUUUGUUAAGUCAUAUAGUUCUCAGCCUGUACAGGAUGACUAAGAAAAUAUGUUGCCUGCUGACAGCUUUGAAGAAAACAUUAAACGUACCUUUGAAGGAACCGAUUAGUAACAAAACAUGUCGACGGUGUGCAAGAGUGAAGUGGAGUGAAUGUAGGGUUAGGCUUAGCGCCCCCCCCCCCCCCCUAUGGCCAGAGAAAAGCUGUGAGCAGGCUGGGUGGGAUUCAGGUGAGUUUAUUGACUUUUGCAGGAAGCGGGUGAGCAGGUUGACAUGAGUCUGAGGUCAGUUCCUCAUCUCGGGUGAUGUUCCCAGGAAGUCCUCAGCCCCAUAGCCCUAAUCCUGUGGUGGCCAAAGCAGGCAAUGGGGGGGGAUGGUUCCCACUUCCUCCUUUGCAUCCUGUUCCCACUUGCCCCCCUCGCCUCGGCUUCCCGUCCCCUACAGCGGCCCCAGCAGGACUUUCCCGCCCAUUUUUUUUCCAUGUCAGGACAUGUCCUUGGGAAUUCCUUCCACCCCUCCCCUCACUCACCCCCCAAGCAGGUGUUGCUUGGCUCCUGCGGUCCACCAAUGGGCCAGAUGUACCCCCCCCCCCCCAGGUACUGUUUACAUGAGCAUUUGCCAUGCAAACCCAUCUCGACAGUCGGGCUGAACACACACAGACACACACAGCCUGCAGAGGACGAUUGACUAGGGUUGACAGUUUUCAUAGUCCUGCUGUCUAAACAGGUCACAGCUGGGUAUUAUCAUCAGCUCAUUUAGCAAGGCGAUUUGUAUUUGGCUGGAGUGAUGAUGGUCUAGCACAUAACGUAAUGUUCCAGGCUUAAUAGACAUUUGCUGCUGUAAUAUAACCUUAUUAGUAACGAUUAGGAUAGCGAUAUUACAAAACAUCCCAGAGAAACCGCUGCACAACAAUAUAUUAUUAUACACAAAGCGUUCUGCCUCCAUCGCUGACUUUUGCAGCAAGUUCCUGUUGAUGUUCAUGUGGGGAACUGAGAAAGGUUUUGGCUCUAGUAGGACCCUGGGUUCCUGAAAAAUUGCACAGUUCCCUUCGCUACUGACAUGCCGAGGCUGAACACUUUCCGAUGGCCGGUGGGAGGUGUGUGUACAGGAGAGGCCCAGUCAGUAUAGACAGCGUGUGUGUAUGGAGACUGUCAACGUCUAGUGCAGUGCCGGUAGGUGACUGAGUCAGCUCUCUAGGGUUCCUUGAUUCUAAAGGGGUGCCAUCUUUGCAAGCAGUGGGUCCAUGUAGAGCACUGUCCACGUCAACAUUAAAUUGGGUGGGGAAUUUUGCCCAGGGGGCACUGGUGGGGAAGCCGGCGUGGGGCCGUACGUGGGAUUCGACCUCCACUAAUCUUUUGGACAUGUGCACAGGGCAGACUUUGUGAGGCCUAGGGACCCUCCCAAAACCCCUAACUGCAGAAGAUCCUGCUUGGAGAUGUAGGGAAAGGUGUACAUAUGCAGUUAGUGACUAUAGCUUGCACACUAUAUAUCCAGUGCAGAGAAAUGUGAGUGUCCACCUGAAGAGAAACAACAUUGCCAGUGUGUAACACACACACUCAACUGAGUGUGCGGACAUUCCAGCAUCUCCCUGUGUAAAAGGCCAUCUUUUUGCCACAAUUUACGUUGUGUUAUAUCCUAAAGUAACUGGGGAAUCGUACAUGUCAAAGUAACGUUACAGCUGCUGACAGUGAACUUUAACAUUUUAAAAUAUUUAAAUAUAUUUAAAUAUUGAACAUUUUUAAUAUUGUUUCUUAAUCAGGAAACAGCCUGAAUUUUUUUGUAAAUGGGACAGCGGGUAGUCUGGUCACUCAGUCUAUUUAAAAAGAGUCACUAAAAAUUUACCUCCAUGUAAAAUUUAGACACACAUGUACCCACAGCACACGUGCUAUUUAUAUAGGAGAUAAAGACUUGCUACACAUAAAUGUUUUCCUGGAAGGAUGAUUAAACUUUAAAAAAUUGUGGUUUCUUUUCGUUGUAACAUCUGUUAACCAUGUGUUAUAUUGGAUUAUUAUCGUGAUUAAUAAUUUAACAGCACAGACCAUUGUCUUUCACUUUUCGAUCGCGCAGUAAGAUCCUUCUAACAGGACGAAGCCCGCUGUUCACGUCAGGCUUCAUGUUCUCAUCAAAUGGACAUGCCGCCUUCUAGUGGCAGCUCAGAAAAAUGCAGGACUGUCCUACUGACUGCAAAUACUCUAUGGACGUUGCGGCCAGAAUGUGUGGUUUUUCGUUGAACGCAUAACCAUAUUUAUUACUUCUUGGUAUUUGCACAAGAACACUAAAAUAGAUGCAUGCGCUCUAUAAAUCUGUACAUUGCAAGCUGGCGUGUCUCGCUCAGAUGACUGUAAAUGCUAAAAGAUUUGCCAGACAAUUAAUUGCUUAUUAGAAGUGCAAGUGUUACAUUUUAACAUUCUAGAGGUUAGCGUUUUGUACAAACGGGCAAACUUCAAAUAUGGAAUAAAGGCCUGGUGGUGGAAUGAUGUUGAAGAGAGCAUUUAUUUAGUAAUGAGGGUACUUCGGGCAGCUCGGCCAUUGUCGUGUUUUUUUUUCCGCUCACAUUAAUGCGUGUAACAUGUCUUAUCAAUACUGCUAUGUAUUACACAUGGUUAUACAUUGAUUGAUCGUUGUAGUAAAUUUGUAUUAUAACUAAAAAA